AUGGAGUUUGUUCGCAGAUUUGGGCUGCUGGCUAUUUCGCGGUCGCCGAGGAGGCCCCCGAGGGUCUCUCCAGUGUCGCAUUGGCGCAAUGUGCGCUUCAACACAACGGCGUCGCCACCAUCCGCUUCCAGUAUUGUGCUCCGCGACUACCAGGAGGAAUGCAUUCAAUCAGUACUCAGGUACCUUGACGAGGGCGAGCGCCGGCUUGGAAUAUCCCUAGCUACGGGCGCUGGGAAGACAGUAAUCUUCACCCAGCUCAUCAAUCGAAUCCCGCCGCGCGAUGAGAAAGCCACCAAGACUAUGAUCAUCGUCCACCGCCGUGAGCUUGUCGAGCAGGCAGCGAAGCACUGUCGACUUGCAUACCCCGAUCAAACCGUGGAGAUCGAAAUGGCCAAUAGUGUCGCAACUGGACACGGGGAUAUAAUCAUUGCGUCGGUUCAAACACUCGCCCGGGGGCGCAUUGCCAAUUUCGACCCGAGUGCCUUCAAACUUAUCCUUGUGGAUGAAGCACAUCACAUUGUGGCUGCAUCAUAUCGCAAGGUACUGGGACAUUUCGGCUUGAACGAGCCAUCCGCCAAGGCACCGGUGCUCGUGGGAGUCUCGGCGACAUUCUCACGUUUUGACGGGCUCAAACUGGGCGCUGCCAUUGAUCACAUUGUCUACCACAAGGACUACGUGGACAUGAUUGGAGAUAAGUGGUUGGCGGAUGCAGUUUUCACUACUGUUAAAUCCGAGGCGAAUCUGUCGAAAGUCAGGAAGGACCAGUUCGGAGACUUUGCGGUCGGGUCGCUGUCGGAAGCCGUUAAUACGGUCAAUACAAACAAUAUCACUGUGCGUGCGUGGCUUGCUAAUGCGCAAGACCGGAAAUCUACGCUCGUCUUUUGCGUGGAUGUGGAACAUGCUCGGCAGCUUACGGCGACCUUUCGUGACCAUGGCGUCGAUGCGAGGUAUAUUACUGCUACUACGCACAAGAAUAUUCGUGCAGAGCAGCUUGAUGCUUUUAGGAAGCAGGAAUUCCCAGUUCUUCUGAACUGCGGUCUAUUCACGGAAGGCACCGAUAUUCCGAAUAUCGAUUGCGUACUCCUGGCACGGCCGACUCGAUCCAAGAACCUGCUUAUCCAAAUGAUCGGGCGAGGACUUCGUAUGUUCCCCGGUAAAAAGGACUGCCACAUCAUUGACAUGGUUGCAUCUCUCGCCACGGGCGUCUUAACGACGCCAACGUUAUUCGGUCUUCAUCCAGAUGAAGUCUUGAACAACUCUACCGCGACCGAAUUAAGAGGAGACCGCGAGGAACCUACCCUUGAAGCCCCAUCUACAGAACCCGAAACCGUCCCAUCCGAGGAUGUGAAACUACAAUUCACAAAAUAUGACAGCGUUUACGACCUACUAGAGGAUAUGCAAUCAGAGAGACACAUCCGAUCGCUCAGCAAGAACUCCUGGGUGCGAGUCGGCGACGAGAAAUACAUUCUAUCCGAAUCCUCCGGGUGGUUAACUCUCGAAAAAGAAAAGGAUGUCUACAACGUACGCCACGUCAUGAAGUUCACAGACCCAGUCUCCGAGCAAGCACAAUUUACCCGGCCCCGCCUUAUCGCCUCCGGAUCCAACCUCGAGACCGCCGUGCGUGCAGCUGAUACGUACGCAAGCGACAAAUUCGAGGAACAUUUCAUCGCAUCCUGGAAGCCCUGGCGACAGAACCCGGCUACGGCGGGACAGGUCAGAUUACUGAAUCAAGCCGGAAUCCGCAAGGGCAAGGUGCAGGCUGGGAACUUGAACCGGGGCCAGGCGGCCGAUAUGAUCACGAAACUGAAGUUUGGGGGGAAGAAGCGGUUCAAACAGAACGAGGUCCAGAGAAGGAAGGCUGAACGAGAAGCUGAUGCUGCGAAUAAGUUGAAUGAGCUGCAGAAGAGGACUGAAGUUAAGGUCGGGCCUUUGGAAGGGUGA